UGGGGCAGGGCUUCGUGUUGCUACGUCGCCACCUUUUUUCGUUGUUCGGCAGCUGCAAACUGGAAAGUCCCUGACAGCCAGAGAGGCUUCAGACAAGAAGGCUGCGAUGAGCCCUCCCGUCGUCUGGGAGAGGAGACUCGUCAGCUGUGCAUGGGGACACGCCUUCUCUUCUGCUGACAUUACGUUAUCUGUGAAAUUGGCCCGUAAAAUCCCGCUGGGUAGCGUUAGUAAAGCGACACCGAGAUAGGGGUGAGUUUGACCGAAGGAAGGAGAUGGGAAACUGUCUGAAGUCCCCAACCUCGGAUGAUAUUUCUUUGCUACAUGAAUCUCAGUCGGAUCGUGCCAGCUACGGAGACGGUGCUGACCCAGACCUGGAGCCACCGCCCCCUUAUCAGGAGCAGAUCCAUGUGCCUAUCUACCACCCAACACCCAGCCAAGCACGACUGGCCACACAGCUGACAGAGGAGGAGCAGGUUCGCAUCGCACAGCGAAUCGGACUCAUCCAACACCUCCCGAAGGGCGUGUACGACCCAGGGCGGGAUGGCUCCGAGAAGAAGAUCAGAGAGUGCGUCAUCUGUAUGAUGGACUUUGUGUACGGAGACCCCAUUCGGUUCCUGCCCUGCAUGCACAUCUAUCACAUGGACUGUAUAGACGACUGGCUGAUGAGAUCCUUCACCUGCCCUUCCUGCAUGGAGCCUGUGGACGCCGCGCUGCUUUCUUCCUACGAGACCAAUUAAUGCACAUUUGCGCGCGCACGCGCACACACACACACACACACACACACACACACACACACACACACACACACACACACGCGCGCAUAAGUUACCCGGUUAGCCUGCUGGACAGGAUUAAAGGAAUGAACAGAGUGUUGCUGUUAAGGACGAGCAGGAAGGAGCUGGAUCGUGGAGAGAAGUAAAAGACAGGAACAGACAAUGGGGGUAAUGAGGAUACAAGUGUAAAGGGAAGUCAAGGGGAGGGGAUUAUGAUUAACUGAUAUGAUUAUAACAAUUCCAAGAUUUGCUUUUUAUAUGCGUGCAUACACAAACAGCCGUUCAAACCUUGGAGGAGGAAGGUAAUGUGACCACCAUCAUAAGGCUGCAGACUGAUGGACUGCUGAAGCCUGAUAACUGUAAUGUCUCACUGCAAGACAAGAAGAAAGAAACACCCUUCAGAAGAUCUACCAGAUGCUUUGACAUGUCUCCAAGUAUGACUCUACACACAUUGUUGCAAAGUCAUAUCUGCUGCAAAAAACUAUUACCGAUGCAGACAUGUGAUUUAAAGACUGCUAGAACUGCACUUCAGACUCGAGACUACGGACAUCAAAUUUAUUCUUUAGACACACCACAGGCCUUCACUGGACCACGGCACACAGGCCCGUAGUUGUCUGUCUGUAUAGAUCUUUUAUCAGAAAAAUAAGAUUGGUUGUAGGAUGAAUUGAUCGACCCGUAGCUUUGUGAAAUUUGUUCUGUGUUUGUUUUGUCAGUCAGCAUAAGGGCUUUGUUGAACCAGUAUAACACAGAUAUGAUAAAGGUACAAUACAGUUUGUGUUUUUGUCACUAAUGUGAUAGAUAGCUGGUCGACUGAUGCUGUCAAGCUAUCGACUCCUCAUGACUUUCUCGGUCACCAUGAGAUUUCAGAUUAUUGGCCAAAGCACUGCUAGACCAGUUAACAAACCAUUGAUACACAUCAGUAGUAAUUGCACUUCUUAUUUUAGAGUUAUGACAAAAGUUGACCAUAUGCAUUUAGUAAUUUUGUCAAAGUGAAGUAUGUAAUUUCAAGGACAGAAUUAAAAAAACAUACACAAGGA